AUGGACUAUGCUGACGACGCUGCACUGUUUCUAGGAGAGCCCACCCAGUGGCCUGUCUCACUUCGAAGAUUCGAGGAAGAAGCUGGGAUGAUGGGGAUGCACAUGUCAUGGGUCAAAACCAAGAUCCAGAAUUGUACCAGCCUCGGCCAAAAUCUCGCCUCAGUCACGGUUGAGGGUAACUCUGUCGAAUUCACACAGAAGUUCAGGUAUCUCGGCUGUGACAUCCAUUCCUCAGCCUACUCCUCCCCCGACAUUCUCCGACGUCUUGGGCUUGCCUCAUCCACCUUUGGCCAACUACAUGUAAAUUGUGUCUGGAGGAACAAACGCCUCAAGCUCACAACCAAGCUGAGGGUAUUUACGACCUGUGUCCUCCCUGUCCUACUGUAUGGCUCAGGGACAUGGACACUCCAAGCUGAUGACACACGAAAGCUCCAAGCCUUCAGCCUCAGGUGUCAAUGA